AAUUAAUUUGGAGACGAUAUAUUUUUCUUCAUUCGUUUACUUCUCUAUUUAAUGGCCAUGUGAGGUACUUCUCUUCCCCAUCCCCAACUUCAACCCCAUAAAUACAGUCCUUGUUUCAUCCUUCCUUUUGUGUUUCUUUAGAUUCUUGAAAUAACUUAACGGAAUCAAGAAACAGGCGUUAGUGUCGACGGAGACAAAAUGCCUUGUCUUUACAUUACUACAAACGUGAAUAUGGAGGGCGUUGACACCGAUCCGUUCUACUUGGAAGUCACGAAAGCCGUCGCUUCCAUCGUCGGACGGCCUCAGAAUUUGGUGAUGGUGGUGCUGAAGGGAUCAAUAGAGAUAGUGUUCGGUGGGAACAAAGAAGCAGCUGCAUAUGCAGAGAUUGUGUCUAUGGGAGGCAUCACUAAACAAAUUAAGAGACAGCUUAUCGCAACCGUUGGUUCUGUUCUCCACUCUCAUUUUUCUAUUCAUCCUACUCGUUUUAUCUUAAAAGUUUUUGAUAUGCAAGCUUUGCCUCUUCCUUCCAAGCUAUAGUUUUAUUAUCUGUUUAUUGUUCAUCAAACAAAAAAAGUUUGGUUGGUAUCAUUCGAGUUAACGACCACAUACACAGCAAUAUAUCUUUUCUAAACUUUA